CGCUGGCUAAAAUCUUUAUGGUUAUGAAAUACAGACUAAUGAUUUAAUAAGGUGAUGGAGGUAGGUACACAGCAGCUAAAGAGGGAAUGAUUGGUGACUGAGUAGACUAGUGCCCCUAUGCCUCGCUGUGCCAGUGGGAUACAUCAAAUGUGAUUUUAGCAGAUGCUCACCUGGCUGUGUUGUCAUUUAGUUUUUUAAUUAACACACGACUUUCUAUUCGAAUACACUCAGGCUGUAAACCCAGCCCCAUAUCUCUCAUGUUCGAGCUUAUGCUAUUUGUCCGUUAUACAAGGACACAAGUCUAAAUACAAGGCCUCAGGUGAAUGACCGGGAGGAGAGGAGAGCGCUUUAACCCCUGACCAUCUGGAGCAAUCGCAGUAGAAUUGGAACGAUGGCUGGAGGGCGUAUUCAUGACGGCGUCGACGAUCUAUAACAUAUGUUUUGAUGCUGGUACGCGCGCCGCCUCUUCCUCAGUGCACUGACUGAACAACGUGACAAUAGCCUAAACGGUGUGUGCUUUCGGCUCCAUCGUCUCUGUUGGUUAUCUAUUCAUCCACGGCUCUGAAUCUGGCAGACCUGCACAGGACAUGGUGUUUUGUGUGGAAUUAGGCCUAUCAGUGUCAUCUGUCUGAGAGGCGGGAGAGAGAGAGAGAGAGAGAGAGAGGAGAGAGAGAGAGAGAGAGAGAGACGGCGAAAAGGAAUCCUUGGCAUACACACACGUCGGUGUCUCGAUGUGAUUUUGAGUGACUGGCUGCAUUCUUGUGGAGACGAGCGGAACGGAUAAACCCAUUUUCAUCGUCUCACCCAUUUGCGCGGAUAGCGGCUGGUGCAUGCCCGUCUGGGUUGAGCAUCUGACAGCGUCUCUUUCUGCUGGAGCUUGGCUGAUCCGAGCUGUCCUGGGUCGGGCGUGGAGGGAGCCGAGAUGAGCGCCUUUCGGAGGGGUAGCUGGGUGUCUCUGUUGGAGUUGUGUUGGGUAUUAAUGGGACUGUGGAGGCUCGGGGCCGCCUGCCCCGCGUCCUGCUCCUGCAGCGGGACCAGGAUCGCCUGUGUGGACCAGGAGCGGGGCAUCAUGGCUUUCCCAGUGCUGCAGUCUGAGCUGGAGAUGGACAACAUCACGGACAUAUAUAUUGCAAAUCAGAGUAGCUUCUCAUCCAUCAAUGACAAAGACCUGCAUUUUUACCGGAACCUCACCAAUCUAACUGUGACUAACAGCAGGCUUACUUAUGUGUCUCGACUGGCUUUCCAGAACAACCUCAAACUUCAGUAUCUGAAUCUGAAAGACAACAACUUGUCAUCUCUGUAUUGGAGGAUAUUUCGACAUUUAAACAUAUCAAAUCUGAUUCUUUCAGGGAACCCGCUGCACUGUUCUUGUGAGAACAUGUGGAUGAAGCUGUGGCUGGGAGAGGAGGCUGAUGCUCAGGAGCUCAAAUGUAUAGAGGAGGGUGGCGGGCGGAAACCUCUGACCAGGCUCAACCCCCCUCACUGUGUGGUUCCCAUGGCGACUCUGAGCCCGUCCAAGGUGACGGUGCAGGAGGGUGCUGAUGUGGUGUUGACAUGCAACACCUCCGGAGCGCCCUCUCCUGAGCUCAUCUGGAACAUGACCCCACUCGUCUCCUACAACGAGAUUGAGGCCUCAGGGCAGGUGUCUGAGCUCCAUCUCUAUAACCUCUCUUCACUGGACAACAACUGUAAGAUCACCUGCAGCGCUGAGAACAUUGUGGGCGAGAAUGAGUCCUCAGUCUUCCUCGACAUCCUCUUUCCCCCUAACAUCAGUAAAUUGAGUGAUGCCUACUCGGACCACCACUGGUGCAUCCCAUUCAGUAUGUCUGGGAACCCAAAACCUGAUCUCCGCUGGCUGUUAAACGGGGAGCCGGUAAAUGAGGGACCCUACAUCAUGACUGUGAUCCAUGACUUCUCUGAGAGGGAGUACCACGGCUGCCUGCAGCUGGACAGCCCCACACACAUCAACAACGGACCGUACACCCUGCUGGCCAGCAACAAGUACGGACAAGACCGCAAGACCGUCGAGGCUCACUUCAUGCUUGACCCCUUUGACGGAGGAACAGUGACAGAACCACUUUACUAUGACCCAACUACAGAGGACACACCUCUAGAGCCACCAGAAGACAGAGUUGCUGUAUAUGUGGUCGUAGGGAUUGCAGCAGUAGCCUUCAUGGGUUUUCUAUUGAUGCUGGUCAUCUUGAAAUUCGGGGGAAACUCAAAGUUUGGAAUCAAAGGUGCGUCAUCGGUGAUCAGUAACGAUGACGACUCGGCCUCUCCUCUCCACCACGUGUCCAAUGGCAGUAACACGCCGUCCUCCUCUGAGAUGGGCCUAGACGCGGUCAUCAUCGGCAUGACCAAGAUCCCCGUUAUCGAGAACCCUCAGUACUUCCGCAGCAACAGCAUGCUCAAAUCAGACACCUUUGUCCAGCACAUCAAGAGACACAACAUAGUGCUGAAGAGGGAGUUGGGAGAGGGGGCGUUUGGGAAGGUUUUCCUGGCCGAGUGCUAUAACCUGUCUCCUGAGCUCGAAAAGAUCCUGGUGGCUGUCAAGACCCUGAAAGAGGCUAGUGAGAAUGCAAGGAAGGACUUCCACCGGGAGGCCGAGUUGCUGACCAACCUGCAGCACCAGCACAUUGUCACGUUCUACGGUGUGUGUGUGGAGAGCGACCCCCUCAUCAUGGUUUUUGAGUAUAUGAAGCACGGGGACCUCAACAAGUUCCUCAGGGCUCACGGUCCCGACUCCGUGAUGAUGGGUGACGGUCCGACCAAUAGGCCCGUGGUGUUGACCCAGUCCCAGAUGCUGCACAUCGCCCAGCAGAUUGCUGCAGGCAUGGUCUACCUGGCCUCCCAGCACUUUGUCCACCGAGACCUGGCCACACGUAACUGUCUGGUGGGAGAGAACCUGCUGGUGAAGAUCGGGGAUUUCGGCAUGUCCCGAGACGUGUACAGCACGGACUACUACAGGGUAAGUGUGGGCGGUCACACCAUGCUGCCCAUCCGCUGGAUGCCUCCAGAGAGCAUCAUGUACAGGAAGUUCACCACGGAGAGUGACGUGUGGAGUCUGGGCGUGGUCCUCUGGGAGAUCUUCACCUACGGCAAACAGCCCUGGUACCAGCUCUCCAACAACGAGGUGAUUGAGUGUAUUACACAGGGGCGUGUCCUGCAGCGGCCUCGCACCUGUCCCAAAGAGGUGUACGACCUGAUGCUGGGGUGCUGGCAGAGGGAACCCCACAUGAGACACCACAUCAAGGAUAUCCACAGCUUACUGCUCAACCUAGCCAAGGCCUCUCCUGUCUACCUGGACAUCCUCGGCUGAGAGAGAGAGAGAGAGAGUGUGUGUGUGUGUGUGUGUGUGUGUGUGUGUGUGUGUGUGUGUGUGUGUGUGUGUGUGUGUGUGUGUGUGUGUGUGUGUGCGCAUUUGAAGCUACGAUCAAACUCUUUAAGGCAAUCAGAAGAUUCCCCAACUAUUCCCUUGUGCCCUACCCUCUCCCCCUCUCUCUCUCACUCUCUCUCUCUCAUACUUUCUUCCUACUUCUACUCUGUCAUGCAUCUCUUUACCCACCAUCUAUUUUCUUCCUGCUCAAGAGACAUUAAGAAUGGUUUGCAGUGGGAAGGCUUCUCCCAUUUCUUCAAAGGCUUUUUAACGGCGCCUAAAUGGUCUACUGUAAAUGGCUAAGAGGGCUGUACUAUAGUAUAUACGAGCAGGCAGUGGGAGGUGCCAUUUGGUCCAAUUGGUUUCUGGAAACUCCAUCCUUCUGUAAAUAAAACCCCUGGAGUCCAGAAGAGGUGCCUCCACUGCAGAUGGGUGAUUUAUUCUCUGUACAUAGCGGACAUACAGCUACCAGACCCCAGCGAUGUCCUGAAAAGACUUGAGACGCAUUGCUCCAUCUGAGGAGACAUAGAAGCAACCAGACUAUUAUUUCCCCUCAUGUCAACAAGGCAUGACAUAAGACAUUUCCCCUCAUGCUGACAAACAACAACAAAUGAAAUGCUAUAACUAAGUGGUAUUCAAAGUCAGGACAACAAAUGGGGGUGGGGGGGGCCAAAAAAUUAAGAGCACAGAUUAUUGUAUGGGACAAUAUAAGAUAAUUUGAAAAACAACAUUUUAUUCAGUAUAUUUAUUAAUUUGUUUCUUUUCAUUUUGGUAAGAGAUGAAAAUGCAAUGAAUUUAAUGUUAAUUGUGAAUGUAAAAAUUCUAUGAUUUUAAGGUUGUGUCAUAAAAUUUUGGGUGGGGUCGUGAGAAAUUCUUGGGGGAAAAAAUGGGAUCCUCAUAAAUUCUGAUGGAAAAAAUGGGGUCCCCACUAUAAAAGUUCUAACUGAGAAAGAGAGUUUGGGCGGGGUCUGUGUGAGAUGGUCCUUUCAUUGUCAGUGGUGAGGAUCUCCGUUUAGGCGUGGUUGGGUCAACUGUGGUAGAAUCAUGACACACACACACAUCUCCACCUCCUUCUACAUAAACACUCAAAAAGCUUCUGAAGGAAAUUUAAUUGAGCAUGUUUUAUUAUUUUAGUCCCGGCCACAGUGCUUUAGCCACGCAGCCCCAGCCCUUGUCAGUAAUGGUGUAAUGUAUAUUUCAUUAAGGAGCUCAUGUUGGCCAUUAGCACAAUCUCCCCUCAGACAUGUAAGACAUUGUUUUAUGGGAGGGAAAGGAGAUGAGGAAGUGGAGAAGGAGAGAGAGACAGCGAGAUAGAGAAGAGUGAAGAGGGAGAGGACGAGGCCUGAAUGUCUGCAGGGAAAUAGAGAGAUAACAUCCAUCAUAGUGCGGUCUGGACAGUUUUAGAACCCACAGCUCUUUACAUCACACACCUCGCAUUUCUAUGGGCUCCUCAACCCCCCCACACACACACACACACACACACACACACACACACACACACACACACACACACACACACACACACACACACACACACACACACACACACACACACACACACACACACACACACACAGAGCAUUUUAUUGGUUUGGUCAUAUGCUCAUUGCUAUUUGUUUUGUUCCAUUUAUCAUUUUUGAUAUAUACUGAAUGUUCACCAUACGUAUUUUGUAUUUCUUUUUCCAGUUUUUCUGAUACAAAUCUUCUGAGGUCUAAGUCAAUUCUUUGGUCUGAAUCGAGGUCUGAAUCAAAUUCUGAGUGAUUAAAUUGAUUAUGCUGACAGUA